GUGCGCUUGAGAUUUUUUUCGUUGCUUUGUCGAUCGUAGUUCGAGGUCAAGAUGCAUGUGGGUCUGGAGAAGACGAGACCGACGCGGAGCUGCUUCCGAUAUAAUCGAAUUAUCGUUUGAGGUCAAUCUCGUCUUGUCUUCGUGCGCAGGUUUAUAAAUAUUUGAAAAAAAAAAAGGAAAACUGAAUCGAUGCAUUCCAAUAUCGAUCGUAAAAAUAAAUUCUCGAAUCGUCUGUGCCACUUUUUCAUGUUCAGUAUCGAGGGUGAGAAUUUUUUGAAUAAAAGAAAAAAAACGAGUCACGCGAAGUCAAUUUCGUUCGAUCGCGGACUCUCAUUUCGUACAUUCCGGGCUGAAAUUUAAUGGGAAAAGCCAAAUAAUACGAAGAGUUUUUUCUAGUUUUCAUUUCCCUUCAUAUUUUGUACAACGUUACCGAACAACGUCGAAGAAUAAAUAAGCUAAGAUGAAACAAAAAAACCAAGUCGGGAAUACUACUCUUUGUAAUAAGAUAAAAUGAAAAAAGGACGCCAAACUGCGAGGGCUCGAAUAUGCGAAAAAAAAUGAAUAAAAAGUACCCUCUUCCGGUUCUUGCGCCAAGGACAAACCAACAAAUGCUCUUGAGGGUAUUUUUUGUUUAGAAAGAACACACGCCAAUGAAACGAGUUCAUUAUGUCUGCAAAAGAUUUGAUGAACGUUCGCUCAAGUUUGAUAUGGAAAUAUGCUGAUAAAACGCGAUGGCAAAUAUACGCGUAUCGGUGAACAAGGAUAUGUGAGAAUAUGCAUUGAAGAUUUCGAACCCCCUGCAAGCGUAGCCAAAGUAUUAUAAUUUAUUCCCAUUGUAUUGUGCAAAAUCUUUCACGUACACAAUUUUAAAAACUAUAGACUUAUGGGAUUAAUAAACAUCUUUGAAAAAAAACAACAACAACAAAAAACACAAAGGUCAACUGAUUUCCGGCAUAUACGAUCUCUCCGCGAUUCAUUUUGUGAGUUUCCGUCUUCGAGUCCUCGGAUGUACAUCGAACCUAAAAUUUCCGACAUCUGCAUUUUAUUCUACGCUCUAAAAUUUUGCUGAUCAAUUUAACGUAACGUUAUUCCGCGAGUAACUAUAACCUCAAUAACAAUUUCAAAGAAAAAUGAUUAUUCGAACACGAUCAUCUCCGUAGCUGGGCAUCGAUUAUUUCGGGUUGCUUAUUGGUUGAAUCGAAGAAGGAGAACGAAAAAUAACCGUAGCUUUUGUACCGUUCAACGUCAUUGGAUAUUGUAACCUAAGAUCUGUGGUAUUCACCUACGAAUAAUUAUUCUAAGUAAUUAGGUUUAUAUUUUCAAUUCAAUAAUAAAAAUUAUUUUCAAUGAACGAACAUUACUAGAACGCGAAGUCUGCGUGCCCUUCGUCUUUGUCUCCUCUUCAGCACCGUCUUUUAGGUUUGUAUGCAUAAAUUUAAUAUUUUUUCAAUACAAAAUAUCGACGUUUCAGGCGUCUAGCACACAUUUUGGAAUCAAUGAAUUUAUAAAUAAUGACGCGUUAAAGCGAAUGCACUAGAACGAAGUCAUUUUUUUCUGAUCGUUUGAAAGACAACUCUGAUUCCACGGAUCAAAUUAUUUUGCCACGUAACGAAGUUGAACAUAUUGGCAACAUCAUUAUGGUCGUCAUAGGAUUCUAGAUACCUGUGGUUCAUGAUAUAUAUUCGAAUUUCGAAAAAUACCAGACUCUGGAAUAUCAGCAUCGAUCGUCAGCAAAAAAGUUCAAACACUAAGUCAAAAUCGUUGAUAAAAAUAAUGAAUUAGUGCGCAUGGACAGUAUCGCCGCAUGUGGUAAAAAUUGGAAGCUACCCGAUAAAUAAAACUGUGCCAUAUGGGAAUGUCAAAUCAAAUUAUUAUGUUUUAGUUAUUGAUAAAUCUCCUGAAAGUUAAUGUUUCUUGAGAGAAGGAAAAAUAGAUGAUGAACAGUGUUUUCAAAAGGAUCUUUCAAUCAUCUAUAAAUGAUCGAAUGAAUCUCUUUUAACCGUGAUAUCUGUGAUUUUUUUAUAAAGCAACGUUCUGUCAGAAUGCGCGUGAAUUUUUGAACAUGCGCCACGUCAAAUUCACGCAAACUCCCCGUCCGUAAAAAAAUUUGAGGUGGACUUUAUUCAAGUGCUUUUGCGCACAAUGGCUGCCACAUGUAACGAACCACUAUAAUAAUAAUAUACAGUCUCUUUGUGUAACACAAAGAAUAUCACUCAUGUGUCCGUAAAGUUUGAUGUUUUUCGGAUGAAACGCGAGCGAAUGUCAUUGUUUGAGCUUUGGCUCUCGUGAAUUAAACACAUUUUUUUUUCUCGGUUGAUCAAAAUAUCUGGUCAAGUGACAAUAACAUGCCUGAACAAAAUCCAGCUGAUCAGUACUCGACCUCGGUUGGACUUAUAUAUAUUUUUAAUCUCAUCGUUGGAACUGGAGCUCUUACUCUUCCAGCUGUCUUCAGCAGAGCAGGAUGGGUUCUUGGACUUUUGGUUAUUUUGAUCCUAGCUUUCAUAAGCUUUAUCACAGUGACCUUUGUGAUCGAAACAAUGGCAUCGGCCAAUGCAAUUCUCACCUGGCGAAACAUACAGAAUCGAAAACGAACUACGGGAGAUUCUUGCGGCUCCAAUUCGGAUUCAGAAGAUACUCCAUUGGUACCGCAGGCAUCGGGAAGUCCAGAAAAAGCCGAUCCAGCCUAUCGAUACUAUGUGAUAAACGAUAAAAUUGAGUUGGGAGAAAUGGCUUCGAUAUUUUUCGACAAAACUGGGGUUACGCUUUUUUACGUUUGCCUGGUUGUUUAUUUGUACGGAGAUUUAAGUAUUUAUGGUGCAGCUGUGGCUAAAUCCCUUGCCGAUGUUGCUUGCACUUAUCAAGCUCCAAAUUUUACCUGCAACAGUACAAUACCUGAUACGGAAAUCUGCUGGGAAGGCUCACCACUCAAUCGUCUUGAUGCCUACAGAAUAUUUCUCACCAUUUUCGUACUCACUCUUGGCCCAUUCGUUUUCUUCAACAUUCAAAAAACAAAGUAUCUUCAGCUUUUGACGUCGCUGAUGCGUUGGCUCGCAUUCGCAAUAAUGAUCGUUUAUGCAUCAAGAAUUCUCAUAGUCGAAGGUCCCCAAGGAUCACCUCCUGCGGCGAAUAUACUUGGAAUUCCGGCGCUGUUCGGUGCGUGUGUUUACUCGUUCAUGUGUCAUCAUUCACUGCCAGCUCUGGUGGCUCCGAUCACGAACAAAGCAACGUUGAAUCGUUCGCUAUCGGUCGACUACAUUCUGAUAGCAAUUUUUUAUCUUCUGCUCGCUUUGACCGGUGCAUUUGCUUUCCAACAUCUGGACGAUCUUUACACUCUGGAUUUUGGUCCUCGUGGAUCGGGCGAUUGUUCAAAAAGUACGAAUUUUUUCAUGGUUAUAACGGAAUACUUUUUAGCUCUAUUUCCAGUGUUCACGUUGUCUACAAGUUUUCCAAUAAUAGCGAUAACCCUGAGAAACAAUUUAGAGUCGUUGUUUCUCGACAAAGAAAAAGUUUACAAUAUUUUUCUGCGCAAACUUCUCUUUCCCAUUGUCGCCGUUAUUCCACCAUACACGAUUGCUAUGAUAACGAAAGACUUGUCGAUUCUGGUUGGAAUAACCGGAUCUUACGCCGGUGCCGGUAUACAAUAUUUGAUACCAACUUUUCUUGUUUAUUACGCAAGAAAAAAGACCGAUCGUGUAAUCGGUCUCGGGGUUAUUAAUAAAUUUUCAAGUCCAUUUUCCGGUAAUUGUUGGCUCGGUUUCGUUAUCGUUUGGGCGUCCGCUUGCAUGGUCCUCGUCUCGGUGAACUUGAUAGAAACGCAUUUUUGGGAUCGAUCGACCUGACGAAACUUCGAUCAAGUUUAAAGAUUUUAACAAUCUUUCAUUUCGUGAUGAAUUUCUUCGAAUUAGAUAUAAAUAACUUCGUAUUUUGAAGUUUUGAAGAUUUUCGUUGGCGUUGUAAGGUCUGAUAGAAGUAUCCAAAAAGUCAAAUCGUACAACACGUAAUACUUUCCAAAUUAAUUGUAUUUGAUAAGUUAUUUACACUGUUUUUUUUUUUUCAUACAUGCAAAUGAAUAUCUCAGUGAUUGCUCAGUGGCAUAGAUUACAUUCAUCUUUUUAAUAACACAAUGUUUGAGAAAUAUUAUCUUUUGAUUUUCGUACAAAAUGGGAUUGUGAGUUGGCUCCAUUGGCCAACUGGUCAGUUGAUGUGAUUCGAUCGAAUGGGCUAUGAUUCGUGAUUCAACGAAAAUUAAUGCUACAUUUCUCUCGAAGAUAAACCCCUAACUAGCACCUGUAGUUUUCAAUUAGAACCUAAAUGCACUGAGGGCAUAUAAAAUUCAAAUGCAAUUGAUUUCAGACAUUUUCUUAUUGAAUCGAGCUAGAGGACCAUCUUCAAGAAAAAAGUCCACCUCUAUUUGGUAACAUGAAACUUUGUUAAUCUCGGUUCAACUCGGAACCGAUACACCUAACCAAUAAGGGUGGAAAAUUUUUAAAAAUCAAUAUUUUCUCAAUGAUCAGGAAACUGAAACAUGAAAAUUUGGCAGGGUGUCGCUGAGAUAUUGCAUUUCUUAAAAACUAAAUCAAAGAUAUCGGUCAUUUUCAGAAUAAAAUGAUAACUGCAAUUGUCUUCAGUGCUUGUUAUGAGCAGAAAUCGUGUUUAGGUAUAUGCAGAGAUACGUAUUUAUUAAGGAGUUGUCCCAUCGAAAAAUGGCUGUAUUUUGUUUGUUUGCUUCUAUAGAAAAUAUGUUUCCUUCAGAAACAGAAUAAGAAUCUCGUGAUCGACAAUAUAUUAUAGAAGAGAUAUAUUAAACUGUACAGUAAUAAAAUAGCUUUGUAUCUUUGAAAUGUAUAAUUUCUCCAUAACUUUCAAAUAGUCAUUUCGAUGUUUCAACGUCGAAUUACGUAGACGAUUAAAUGAAAAUAUUGAAAACUCAUUUAUUUUCAUUGAAAGUGAGUUAAAGAUGAAUUCCUUUAAAGUUCAGGAUACAAAGUUCUUCAAAGCCAAACCUGCUGCUGUGCCAGUGAUACAAUUUUAUAGAUCCCUUUUCCGACUGCGGUUAUGGUCGAAUUUGUUUUUCGUUCUAGAAAAAAGUGCGACGACCCGGUUUUUUAUGAGCUUUUUUCUCGCCAUCGGAACGUAUUUGGUUCUUUGAAGAUUUUUCUUAUUUUCAACUGUCAAUAAUGUAGCUCGUGGAACGAAAAACGUAACAAAUAAACAGAAAUAACAGAUACUCGUAUAAGUCUGACGUAUGAAUAUGUAUAACAAAAAAUGUUGAAAAUAUGUAUAUACAUAAUGUUUAACUGUCAAAAGUAUAUAAUAAAAUGUAUAUUUUCGAGUGGAAA